CAACGAGGAAUUGAUUAUGAAAACAAUUGGCAUUUUACAAAUUAACGGUCAUGAAGUUCCAGCCACUGAUCCUCCACAUGUUGCAGUAUUUAAUAAUGCAUCGUUUUUGGAGCAUUCUUGUUAUCCCAAUUUGGCAAAGAGUUUUACAAAGGAUGGAGGCUUAAUUCUAUGGGCUCCACAUGCUAUUAAAAGGAAUACGCAUUUAAGCAUUUGCUACUCAGAUGCUGUUUGGGGAACUGUAGAGAGGCAGCAACAUCUCAUGCAUACAAAAUUAUUUAAAUGCGCUUGCAUAAGGUGUAUGGAUGUAACAGAAUUUGGAACUAAUUACGAUGCCUUUCAUUGCACCGAAUCCAAUUGUGAGGGAGUCAUUUUACCGCUAAGCACAAAGGAUUGGAAUUCUAAAUGGAGUUGCUUAACAUGUGGAAACCAAGCUGACAUAUCAUUUGUAAAGAAUAUUUUAGAAAAGGCUGGAAAAGAUUUGGGGGCAAUGAGCAAAACUGUGGAAAAUUGUAUCAA